AUGAGAUUCCCCAGGCGCCGACCUCUGGACUUUCGCAAAGAACUGGCUGAACGGCUGCUGAGUGCUAUUGGCAAGGGUGCAGGGAGAUUCGCGCCGCGCGAUGAACUACUACAAAUAUGGAAUGUUGAAGUGCUAGCGGAAUUUGCGUCCCGCGAAAGAAUCCGGCUUCCUUCUGCUUCAUCUCUUGAAGAUAUUCGCAAAGAUUUUCUGCAGACAAUCUCCCUCCUGGUUUACGUCGGCUGGGAUGAGUGGUCGCGUUUCGAUACGCUAUUCCUAUCGCAUAAGGGACCUGAUCAAGAGCUGGAUCGGACCGAUCGACAUAUUCAGGAAUAUGAUGUUCAAACUCUAUCAAACGCUGAUUUCCUAGGUCCAAUGAGGGGAAAUCUAUUCUUUGACAAUCGACAUCUCUUCUGUCCCGUCGAAAUCGUAGAGAAUGAGAAUUUGAGGCUAGAUGGUAACUGGAAACUACCGUUGUUGGAGGGCAGAUCUGAGCACUGUGGACGUGGUGGCUUUGGGCAGGUUACCAGAGAGGUGAUCGCAGCCAGGCAUUAUCACUCAGUCCACGGCCCAUCCAUGUCCGAAAAAGUCGUUGCUCGCAAGGUAUUCAAAUCCAUUAUAGACUUUGAGCGUGAGCGCUGGGUCCUAAAAGAGCUCCGUAAAUGUGAAGUCCAGAAUGCACGCAUCGUCCUCCCCCUCGCAACGGUUGUCGUCGGUGGCCAGUCCAACAUCCUCUUUCCACCGGCGCGAAUGGACCUGGACAAGUUCCUCGCCGGUGGACUGGUGUCGCCAGACGAGUGUGGGAUGAUGGAGCUACUAACUGAGCUAAUGGGCCUUGCCGGUGCGUUGUCACACCUACACACAUCGCUGGGCUUCAACGUCUACGGUUGCCACGCGGAUCUCAAGUGCGCCAAUAUCCUCAUAUACCCUAGUCGCGAGAACAGCGGGUCCUCGAGGAUCGGGAGCUGGAUGAUCACCGACUUCGGACUCUCCAUAAUUACAGCUUCGGCCAAACGUAGAGACAGUGGCUUUAUGCUCCCCGAACAGCAGGCCACUGACACAGUGACACUUCUACGCCAAAUGCCGGGCGCUUAUCAAGCUCCAGAGGUCCGCUAUGGUGACGGUGUUAGUCGGAGCAGCGAUAUUUGGUCCUUCGGGUGCAUUAUGGUUCGAGUCCUUGCCUUCAAGUUAGAUGGAGUGCGCGGGCUCCAGGAGUUGGAUAGACUUCGUGCAAAGGACGAUGAUGGCGUCACUAUUUAUUCCAAUGACCACUUCAACAGAGGGGAGCCUCCAAUAUUGAACCCACAUAUCGCCAACUGGAUCAAUAAUCUGCCAGUCAGGUAUCCAGGUUACAAUGGCGAGUUCCUGCAAGAUUGUGCUGCUGUGCUUCGGCGUACUUUGGCGAUCGACAAACACGAUCGACCAAAGGCGAGUGAAGUUCAAUACUUACUAGGAGAGCUCAGAUCCCUCUUCCAUACAUCAAUGCAUACCCCCUCGGAGUCCGCCUCGUCGGUACCCUCACUUGGAACACCAAGGUCGUCAGUAACUGAUCUCGCACCUCCGUCAAGCGUAGGCGGUGCUCUCCGGGUGGAGGAUCUUUUCAAUGCAAUCAGGGGCUCCAAUCUGCGUAAAGUUGAGGCAUGUCUUGCAGAAGGCGUCGAUAUCGAAAAGCACGAUGACCACGGUGAUACACCACUGGGGGUAGCUGCUAGGUUGGGACAUGGGCCGAUUGUCCAGUGUUUGUUGGAAGCGAGGGCGCAAGUCAAUGCAAGGUCUGCAGGAGGCAAAACGGCUUUGAUGCUUGCCUCGUAUGCAGGCUUCGAGGGUGUUGUGCAACUGCUUCUUCACCAUAACGCAGAUUGUCAAGAAUACUCCAAUGAAGGACUGACUUGUCUCCACUACGCAACCUUUCGGCACGCCAGCGCAGGACUCAUCCGGCUCCUGACUCAACACUUCAAGCCUGUUGACAUCCCAACGAGAAGUCCCACCGAGGAAACUCCACUAGUGAGCUUGCUCAAGAACUAUGUUCCCAGCACCGCAUGGGAAGAUAAGGUCCGCGCUCUAAUAUCCGCGGGCGCAGACGUGAACGCAACUGACAAGUUUGGAAACAAACCGAUCGACUAUACAGGGGGAGUCAGGUCAGAAGCAGCUCUUGAGAUGCUUCAAGCUCCCGUUGGUCCACCCCGCUCAAUUCGGUCAAGUAUUGAUAGCGGACAAUCACAUCGUUCCUUUAGCCUUCGCUGGCGAAGAUCAAAAGGUUGA